AUAAAUCAUUAACAACUUUCUUUAUUAUUUUUUGUUCACAUUUAUUUGUGAAUACAAACUAAUUGUACACAAAAAGUAUGUACACCACACCCACUAUUUUACUCGUGAACAUAGACUAUUUAACAACAUUCAAGAUUUAAUCCUAAAAGAUUUUAGAGUCAGCUAACAUGAAAGGAUCCAUGAUAUCGAUGCCAAAAACGAUCCAAUAUAGAUGACAAUAUUGGAAUGAAAAUAAUAGACAGACAUGCUUGUUGACUAAUGUGUAUUCUUAGACUUUUGUUUUUGGCAUUUUAACAACAAUUUUGGGUAGUUUAACAAAGAAAUGAAGUAUCCUUUGGUAUUAACAUGUGUUGACUUUUUCCUGGUUUUUGUUGACGCGUUCUGAUGUUCUGUUACCAUUGUAAUCCGUCGGUCCAGUCCAUAUAGUCUUCUUCUUCAAGCAUCUGCUCAUCCCUUAAAAAUCUUCAGCUGAUUGAUCUACCGGAGUACCGGACCAUUAUUUGAGCCGGAGACGCUUAAUUUCCCCUGUUUUUAUACGAAUAUACAUACAAUUACUUCUUAUAUCUUAUGUAUUGAAUAAAAAUGAAUGAUCUCUUCUCUGGAUCUUUCCCUCGUCACCGGGACGAUCAGGCGUCCGAUUCCCACUCGAUCGAGAUGACCGGCGUCGGAACCGGCACCGGCGGAGUGAAUCUAGAGAAGUUCUUCGCGGACGUCGACGUGAUUAAGGAAGAUCUCAAGGAUCUCGACAAAAUCUACAGCAGUCUUAACAGCUCCCACGAACGCAGCAAGACUCUCCACAAUGCCCAGGAGGUGAAAGAUCUCCGGAAAGUUAUGGACGAAGGCGUUUCCAGCGCGUUGAAGAAGGCCAAACUCGUCAAAGUCCGGCUAGAGGCGCUGGACCGGUCAAACGCGGCGAACCGGAGCAUCCCGGGUUGCGGCCCGGGGAGCUCGACCGACCGGACUAGGUCGUCGGUGGUGAGCGGGCUGAGGAAGAAUCUGGCGGAUUCGAUGAACCGGUUCAACGAGCUCCGGCAGAAGAUGGCGGCGGAGUACCGGGAGACGGUGCAGCGGCGGUACCAGACGGUGACGGGGGAGACGCCCGCGGAGGCCGUGGUGGACGCGCUGAUCUCGACGGGCGAGAGCGAGACGUUCCUGCAGAAGGCGAUCCGGGAGCAGGGGAGGGCGGAGGUAAUGGGGACGGUGGGGGAGAUCCAGGAGCGGCACGCGGCGGUGAAGGAGGUGGAGAGGAACCUGAAGGAGCUGCACCAAGUGUUCCUGGACAUGGCGGUGCUGGUGGAGAGCCAGGGGGAGCAGCUGGACGACAUCGAGAGCCAUGUGAACAGGGCAAACAGCUUCGUCAGGGGUGGGACUCAGAAUCUGCAGGUCGCCAGGAAGCACCAGAAGAGUACCAGGAAAUGGACUUGCAUUGGUAUCAUCAUCUUGCUCGCCGUCAUCUUGAUCAUUGUUCUCUCCGUUCAGCCAUGGAAGAAGAAGAAUUGAAUCUCUGGAUUCACAACUGGUCAAAGUCAAAUAUACUGGCUCCCACAAUCCAACUAAUUUACUCCUUAAUUAUUUCCCUUUUCUGUAUUUUUUCUUUAAUACUAGUGUAGUGCUCGUGCAUACGUUCCGAAAAUCCUGAAAAUACCCGUUAGUGCAUAUAUUUUUACUCAUAAUCUAGGUAAAUACUACAUCCGUCCUAUUCACAUUGGGACGCAAGAAUGUGACACGGUUAUUAAAAAAAGUGGGUUAUGUGGUUGAUAUUGAAUUCAAAAAGUAAGAAUAAAGUAUGAAUGAUUAAGAGUCACACAAAC